AUGGCGCCAGUUGAGUCUUCAGAACAUACUGCUACCACGAUAGCAGCACUCAUCUCCGGCAAGAAUGACGUCGAAGUCUCUGAGCUAGACAAAUCAGGUCAUGUUCAGAAACGAUGGCUACAUGAGCCAAGCGGUCGUAUCAUUCACAUCCGUCCGCAGGGCCACACAAACGACCUCUUUUCACGCUCGCUGCGGGAAUGGAAGAAGAUUUUGUCGGAUUCUUUCCUGCCCGUCGGAUUCCCGCACUCUGUCUCCUCUGACUACCUUGCCUACCAGACGUUUGAUUCACUGCAGGCCUUUUUCUCCACUAUCACAUCGCUCCUCGCAAACAGAGCCCUGCUGCAAGGCCUUGGCGUCGGCGAUGCCAAUUCUUCCGCCACCUUCGCGCUUCUUUUGACCAUAUUGCGCGACGCCACUUCAAGAGUCGCGACUAUUGUGUUUGCGCACCGCUUCGGCCUCCGGAUAGAGCCAGACGCCAAACGCUACCGGUUCCUUGCCGACUUGUUCAACGACACGGCCUUUUUCCUCGAGCUGUACAGCCCGUAUCUGUCGCCGCUGGCAAAGGUCGUUGUUCUCAGCGUUGGCGAGGCGCUGCGAGCGCUGUGCGGGGUGUCGGCGGGCGCGAGCAAGGCUGCUCUUAGCAUGCAUUUUGCAAAGCACGAUAACCUGGCUGAGCUGAAUGCAAAGGAGGCCAGUCAGGAAACCGCCGUGGGGCUUAUUGGGCUCCUGGUCGGAACCAUUGUCGUCAAGGUGGUUGAAGACCAUCGAAGCGUUGUUUCUCUGAUGAUUCUUCUCGUCUUCGGUCAUCUAUGGAUGAAUUACCUCGGCGUGCGCAGCGUCCAGAUGGCCACUUUAAAUCGCCAGCGCGCCACAAUUCUAUUUCAAGAGUAUUUGCGGACCGGAAAGGUGCUCUCACCUGCUGAGGUCGCCAAGCGCGAAUACAUUAUUGUCUGGAGCUCUGUUGUCUCGAACCGUCACGGCCAGGAAGUCGCUAAGAUCGAAAUGGCGAAGAGCUUUGGGCACGCGAUGAGCAGCUCCGUUGGCAGAGUCAAGAUUCUCGAUGGCGACAAGUAUUCAAUUACUGCGACGCCAGCCGUGCCUCACAAGAAAACCACGUUGUGUAUAUUGCUCUGGGACGACGUACUGCCGAAGCAAGCCAUCAUGGCCUGGUUCGAGGCCGUCGAGAUGGCAUGGGUUAUGGACAGGCAGACUGGCUUCACGCCGAAUUUAAAGCGCAUGUUCAGCGAUCAAAGUGUUCUUGUUGACGGAUACGUGAAAUACUUUGCUGGUAAGGAACUCUGGGCGAGCAUGGCCGAUAAAGGUUGGGACUUGUCUACACAGUUGCUAGAGACAGCUGCGCCGGUCAGAUUAACAGCUCGCAAGCUGAGCAAGAAGGAAUAUUAG